AUGCCUACCUCAGCGGAGGCAUUUAAAUCGCAGGCGCAGGAUGGUUGGAGGAGGUACACUGCCCUGCCUCCGAUCCCAAUCCCACCGGCUCAAGAAGGGGCGUCCGGCUCCAACCUUCCAGAGAGCAGAAUGGCCGUGAGGAGGAAACUUCUGCGACACAGGAGAAGCAAACAACAGCAGCAGCAGCUCCAGAAAAUUAUAGUUGACAGGGCAUUGAAGGCUUAUGUGCAGACCAAGAAAGCUGGACCAGUGACUCCUCCAUCUCCUGAACCAGAGUUUCCUUCAACAAUGAUCAGUGAUGAGAGGAAACACUAUAUGAAUUACCUGUUCCUUAAAGAGUGCGUAGAACAAAGUCCUGUUGCCCCUUUUCAGCAACAGUGGCUGGAUGCCAUGUUGGCCCGGGUGUCCCCCUGGCUCCGCCAAGAGCCCGGUAGGGAAGAGCUGCUUGAAGAGAUUUGCAAGGAGGUCAGUGAGAACUACAUGAGAGUCAUGGUUAAGCACAGAGUAAAUAAUAUAUUGAGGGAUCCACUGACAGCAGACACAGCUGAUAGAGGCACAUCUGCUGAAAUUCUAGAUUUCUCCUGUCCAUGGCAUGACAGCUUUGUGAAGUGUCGAAAGGAGAUAGAGAACAAUCUACACAUAUUGCAUCCAGUCAUGAAAAGCAUACUUGAUAUUUGCUACAGCACAUUCUCCCAACUGCUCUUCAUUGAUCUCUCUGACUGCAGGUCCACAGGGCCUGUUGACUGUGAGAGUCUGAAGAACAAAGUAGCUGUGGAGUGUGAGAGAGUUGAGGAGAGACUCACAAAAGCCUGGUUCCCUAAAGUCAUUCAUCUGCUCACCAGCAAAGACACUCUGCAGAAAGUCAAACCUAGAAAGCUAGACUCCUUUUAUAACUGUGCCUCAACACUCAUAUCCAAUCAGCUAAAGGCACUAGUCGAGAGGAGUGUGGUGGCGUUUGUUGACCUGUUUGAUCCCUCUAGCAACAGCAAGCUCCCCCUAUUCAAGAUGCACUUGAUAUUUGAUGACGAGAAGAUGGACUUUUACCCCAGCUUUCAUGAUCUAGAGGAGGCUGUGCUUGAAAUUCUAAGUCUGAUCACUAAUACCAUGCAGAGAGUACAGACAGUCCAGUCAUGGCUAGCAGAAGGCAACAUUUCUGUAGUGGAUGCUAAGCUUCCAGAUCAUGUUCAGACUUGGGCACAGACCACUCUUGGGAACGCUGUACAGAAAAACUUGGAUGGGCCCGCCAAACACUUCCAGUGCUAUGUAAACAGCUAUGACUGGUUAGUCAACGGGACGGCGCAGGCUCAAGUGGAAAAAUUAAUGGAAGAAGAGCAUUCUUUUGAAGAAUACACUGAGCAAGUUGAACGUUUUCGGGCAUUGUCACAAGAGAUAUCUGAUCUUCCCUCUUUGAAACAUUUUGACAUGGUACGACUGGACUGUGAGGAGCUCAAGCAAGGUCUUGCAAAGAAAUCAAAUGCCUUUUCCCAAAUCCUUGUGGGGAAGCUUGUCAGCUCGCACCGUCAAUGCAGUCUUCAGAUCUGUCAAGAGUUUGAGACCAUUCGAGACAGGGCUUUGAAAGUCCCUGUGACAACAGAGGACAUGAUGGAAAUGACAGCAUACAUUGAACAUGUGAAAACCAAGGGAACAGAGGAGCUUGACCACAAGAUAAUGGAAACACAACACAGGCUGAAUUAUUUGUUGGAUGUGCAUAUUUUUGAUGCAGAGCACCUUGAAUUGAAUGCCACGGUGCUGCUCUGGCCACAAAACAUUUACCCGAUCUUUGAUCAAAAUGAUGAGGUGAUGGAGGAAGCCAAGAUGAAGGGACAACAGGAACUUAUGAGUCGGAGAGAGAAGCUGUUGUUAGAAUUGGAGAAAGUAGGCCGCAGAACAGAGGAAUUUGCAGAGUGCUCUGAACUCGAUAUGAUGCAGCAGUAUGCUUCUGAUGUAAGAACUGUGCAGAAAAGGAUUCAGGACAUUGAGGAAACAAUUGUCUUUAUCAACAAUGAGGAAGAACUUUACAAAUGGGACCAAACAUUUUACGCUGAGGUGGAGGUGAUGAAGGAAACUAUAGAGCCCUAUCAGAAGCUAUUCAACUUGAUUUUGAAAUGGCAGCGCACAAAGAAAAGAUGGAUGGAUGGGUCUUUCUUGGAUUUGAAUGGUGAGAGUAUCGAGUUGGAGGUUGAGGAGUACCUCAGAGAAAUAUACAAGAUGCUGAAGUACUUCCAGCAGAAACAAAAGAAAGCUGAGCAAGAACGAGAGAAAAUAGCAGGAAUAAAAAAGAAGCCGAAAGAGGAAGAGGAGGGCAAACAGGAGAAUGCCUCUAUUCUUAUCUGCUCCAGUGUUUUUGAGCAAGUCAAAGAGUUCAAGGAGUACAUUCCAAUGGUGUCCACCCUGUGUAACCCUGGCAUCAGAUCUCGACACUGGGCACAAAUGUCAGAAAUUGUGGGCUAUGACUUAACACCUGACUCUGGUAGCACUCUGCGCAAAGUCCUCAAACAGAACCUCACCCCAUUCUUGGAGCUGUUUGAGAGCAUCAGUGCAGGAGCCAGCAAAGAAUUCACUCUGGAGAGGGCCAUGCAGAAUAUGGUGGAGGUUUGGGAUAAUGUGUCAUUCCAUUAUCACCCAUACAGAGACACCGGGGUGUCCAUCCUCUCCUCUGUUGAUGAGAUUCAAACCAUGCUGGAUGACCAGAUUGUAAAAACCCAAACCAUGAGAGGCUCUCCUUUCAUUAAGCCUUUUGAGACAGAAAUCAAGGUUUGGGAGGAGCGAUUGAUCCGUAUCCAAGACACUAUAGACGAGUGGCUGAAGGUGCAGCAUCAGUGGUUAUACCUGGAACCCAUCUUCAGCUCAGAAGAUAUUAUGAAGCAGAUGCCAGAGGAGGGUCGUCUCUUUCAGAUUGUAAACAAGCACUGGAAGGAUGUCAUGGGACACUGUGUGAAAGACCCAAAGAUUUUACCUGCAACUUCUCUACCUGGCUUGUUUGAAAAACUGCAAGAGUCCUACCUUCUCCUUGAAACCAUUAUGAAAGGCCUGAAUGCAUACCUUGAGAAGAAAAGAUUGUUUUUUCCACGGUUCUUCUUCCUUUCAAAUGAUGAGAUGCUGGAGAUCCUCUCAGAAACCAAGGACCCGAUGCGAGUGCAGCCCCACCUGAAGAAAUGUUUUGAGGGCAUUGCUAAACUGGACUUCCUGCCCAACCUGGACAUCCAGGCCAUGUACAGCAGUGAGGGGGAACGUGUGGAGCUCAUCCAGCUCAUCUCUACCUCUGAAGCUCGAGGAGCUGUGGAGAAGUGGUUGGUGCAGGUGGAAGACAUCAUGCUGAGAAGUGUCCUUGAUGUGAUCAAUCGCUCCAGGCUGGCUUAUCCAGAGACCAAGAGGAAUAAUUGGGUACGUGAUUGGCCUGGACAGGUUGUCCUCUGUACCUCUCAGAUGUUCUGGACACAGGAGGUUCAUGAGGCCAUCAGGAGUGGAGCUAAUGGUCUGAAGAACUAUUAUAAGCAGCUGCAGAAUCAGCUCAAUGAUAUUGUAGAGCUGGUGAGAGGGAAGCAGCCCAAGCAGACACGCAUCACUCUAGGGGCCCUAGUGACCAUAGAUGUGCAUGCCAGGGAUGUUAUCAUGGAGAUGAUUGAGAAAGGAGUUUCUAGUGAGACAGAUUUCCAGUGGCUUGCCCAGCUACGUUACUAUUGGGCCAACGACAAUGUUCGUGUUCGCAUUAUAAACUGUGAUGUAAAGUAUGCAUAUGAAUACCUUGGGAACUCUCCUCGUCUGGUCAUCACACCAUUAACAGACAGAUGCUACAGAACUUUGAUUGGAGCAUUUUACUUGAAUCUGGGUGGAGCUCCUGAGGGCCCUGCAGGCACAGGCAAAACUGAGACUACCAAAGAUCUGGCCAAAGCCCUCGCUGUGCAGUGUGUGGUUUUCAACUGCUCCGAUGGGCUAGACUACCUUGCCAUGGGGAAGUUCUUCAAGGGACUGGCAUCUUCUGGUGCCUGGGCAUGCUUUGACGAAUUUAACCGGAUUGAGUUAGAAGUGCUGUCAGUGGUGGCUCAGCAGAUCCUGUGUAUCCAAAGAGCCAUCGAAAUGAAUCUUGAGUAUUUUGACUUUGAGGGCACUGAGUUACGCCUCAACCCCAAUUGCUUUGUAGCCAUCACUAUGAACCCUGGAUACGCUGGCCGAUCUGAACUUCCAGACAACCUCAAGGUCUUGUUUAGAACAGUGGCAAUGAUGGUGCCCAACUAUGCUUUGAUAGCUGAGAUCUCCUUGUAUUCUUAUGGUUUCCUCAAUGCUAAGCCUCUCUCAGUGAAGAUUGUGAUGACCUACAGGUUGUGUUCUGAGCAGCUAUCUUCUCAGUUCCAUUAUGAUUAUGGCAUGAGAGCUGUUAAAGCAGUGCUAGUGGCUGCCGGGAACCUCAAACUCAAAUUUCCAGAUGAAAAUGAAGAUAUACUUCUUCUCCGGUCCAUCAAGGAUGUUAAUGAGCCCAAGUUUCUCUCCCAUGAUAUCCCUCUAUUCAAUGGAAUAACAAGUGACUUAUUCCCAGGAAUUUCUCUUCCUGUGGCUGAUUAUAAGUUGUUCCUGGAAUGUGCUCAAGAGUGCUGCAAACAACACAACGUGCAACCUGUCAAAGUUUUCCUGGGCAAAAUUAUUCAAACUUAUGAGAUGAUGAUUGUUCGUCACGGGUUUAUGCUUGUUGGAGAACCAUUUGCCGGAAAAACCAAAGUACUUCAUGUUCUUGCUGACACUUUGACACUGAUGAAUGAGAGAGGCUAUAAUGAAGAAGAAAAAGUUGUGUAUCAAACUGUCAACCCUAAAUCAAUUACAAUGGGCCAACUGUUUGGUCAGUUUGAUCCUGUGUCCCAUGAAUGGGCCGAUGGCAUUGUGGCAAACACCUUUCGAGAAUUUGCCUCAAGUGAGAGCCCAGAUAGGAAGUGGGUGGUGUUUGAUGGCCCCAUAGACACUCUGUGGAUUGAGAGCAUGAACACUGUGCUGGAUGACAACAAAAAACUGUGCCUAAUGAGUGGGGAGAUUAUCCAAAUGUCUAAUCAGAUGAGUCUGAUUUUUGAGGCCAUGGAUCUGUCGCAAGCUUCUCCAGCCACAGUGAGUCGCUGUGGAAUGAUCUAUAUGGAGCCCUCUCAGUUAGGAUGGACACCUCUGGUGGUCUCAUGGAUGAAAACACUUCCUGACCCACUUCAGUCACAGGACAGUUCCACACUUCUGCAACAGCUCUUUGAGUGGCUACUUCCUCCAGCACACAAUUUUUUACGAAAACACUGUCGGGAGGUUAUUCCAACCAGCAACAGUAAUACAGUUGUUUCUCUGACACGACUCUUUGAGAUGUUACUGGCUGAGCCUCUACAAGAAGAUCCUGGGAACAAAAACAUACGCACAUGGAUAAUGGCAGCUUUUUCCUUUGCCAUGGUGUGGUCUGUUGGUGGUUGCUGUGAUACAGACAGCUGUAUUAAAUUUGAUCAGUUUCUGAGGGAAAUUAUCUCAGGAAGGGCAGAAAAGCACCCCAUACCUGAUGCUGUGUUGAGAUGGGAAUGUCCCUUUGAUGAGAAAGGUCUUGUCUAUGACUACAGUUAUGAGUUCAAAGGAAAAGGACGUUGGGUUCACUGGAAUGAGUUGAUAAGAAAUGUACCAUUAGGGGACAAGAAUACCAAAGUACAGGAUAUCAUUGUACCCACAAUUGACACAGUGCGUUACACUUACCUUAUGGAUCUCUGCAUUCAAUAUGGGAUGCCUCUUUUACUCGUUGGCCCAACUGGCACUGGCAAGUCUGUUUAUGUGAAAGAAAAAUUAAUGAACAAUCUGGACAAAGACCUAUACCUCCCCUUCUUCAUCAACUUCUCAGCUCGCACCAGUGCCAAUCAGUCCCAGAACAUUAUCAUGUCCAGACUAGAUAAGAGACGAAAGGGGGUAUAUGGACCUCCUAUGGGAAAGAAAUGCAUAAUUUUUGUGGAUGACAUGAAUAUGCCAGCAAAGGAGGUGUUUGGUGCACAACCUCCAAUUGAGCUGCUUCGUCAGUAUUUUGAUCAUGGAAACUGGUAUGACGUCAAAGACACCACAAAAAUCACUCUGAUGGACAUACAGCUGAUCUCUGCAAUGGGUCCCCCUGGUGGUGGAAGGAAUGCAGUGACUCCCCGUUUCCUUCGCCAUUUCAACAUAUGCAGCUUAAAUUCUUUCAGUGAUGAAACCAUGGUACGCAUUUUCUCUAAUGUUGUGACCUUUUACCUCCGGACAAAUGAUUUCCCACCUGAUUGCUUCACACUUGGGAAUCAAAUAGUCACUGCAACACUUGAGGUUUAUAAAAAGGCAAUAGAGAGUCUCCUUCCUACCCCAGCUAAAUCUCAUUAUACUUUUAACCUGAGAGAUUUCUCACGAGUGGUGCAGGGUUGCCUUUUACUGAGGAAGGAAUCACUGGCAAACAAGAGAACAAUGAUUCGACUUUUUGUACAUGAACUGUACCGUGUCUUCUACGAUCGCCUUGUGGAUGACAAGGACCGCGCCUGGCUUUUCACACUCAUAAGCAAUAUUGUGAAGGAGCAGUUCAAGGAGAAUUUUGACAUAGUCUUUGAACAUCUUCAGAAUGGGAACAAGCCUGUUUGUGAGGAGGACAUGCGGAACCUGUUAUUUGGCGAUUAUAUGACUCCUGAUGUGGACGAAAGUGAGCGGCUCUAUGCUGAGGUUCCCUCCAUGGAACGCUUUGGGGAGGUUGUGGAAGCCUGCUUGGAGGAAUACAACCAAACCCACAAGAACCGCAUGAAUCUGGUCAUAUUCCGGUAUGUACUGGAACACCUGUCUAGGAUCAGCCGUGUGUUGAAACAGCCUGGGGGAAAUGCUCUGUUGGUUGGGGUUGGAGGCAGUGGCCGUCAAUCCAUCACCAGGCUUGCUACUUUUAUGGCUAAUAUGACACUGUUCCAACCUGAGAUCUCUAAAAGCUAUGGCAUGAAUGAAUGGAGAGAUGAUCUGAAGCGCCUGAUGAAGAAUGCUGGAGUUAAGGGCCAGAAAAUGGUGUUCCUUCUCACUGAUGCUCAAAUAAAGGAUGAGGCCUUUUUAGAGGACGUGGACAGCAUUUUAAACACAGGAGAAGUGCCGAACAUCUUUGCUCUGGAUGAGAAGCAAGAAAUAAUGGAGGGUGUCCGCUUUAGGCUGUACGGACCCAUUGCUCAGGCUGGGAAUAAAAAUUUUGACUUCAGCCCUCUGGCUCUGUUUGCUUAUUUUGUGAACCGCUGCAGAGAGAACCUACAUAUUGUGGUGGCCUUCAGUCCAAUAGGAGAUGCCUUCCGCAACCGCCUCAGACAGUUCCCUUCUCUCAUUAACUGCUGCACUAUAGACUGGUUUCAGCCAUGGCCUGAGGAGGCUUUGGAGCGGGUGGCUAACAAGUUCUUAGAGACUCUAGAGCUGAGUAAUCUUGAGCGACAGGAAGUUGUGCCAAUCUGCAAGACCUUCCACACUUCAGCUAUUGAACUGUCUCAUAAGUUUUUGUCAGAGUUGGGUCGCCAUAACUAUGUGACUCCUACCUCAUACUUGGAGCUCAUAGCUGCCUUCAGACUUCUUCUCACUCAAAAACGAGACACUGUCAUGAAUGCUAAAAACAGAUAUACAAAUGGACUGGACAAACUGGCCUUUGCAGAGUCUCAGGUGGGUGAAAUGAAAAAAGAGCUGGUGGACCUGCAGCCUAAACUAGAGCAAGCCAAGAUUGACAACACCAAAAUAAUGAAAGUGAUAGAAGUUGAGUCAGUGGAGGUUGAGGCCAAGAGCAAACUUGUGCGUGUGGAUGAGGAAACUGCUACUCUGAAAGCGAAUGAAGCCCAGGCUUUGAAGAAUGAAUGUGAAAGUGACUUGGCUGAAGCAAUCCCUGCACUGGAAGCUGCACUCAAUGCCCUGGACACACUCAAGCCGGCUGAUGUGACGAUUGUGAAGUCCAUGAAGAAUCCUCCAUCAGGAGUGAAGCUGGUGAUGUCAGCUGUAUGUGUAAUGAAAGACAUUAAACCAGAGAAGAUCAAUGAUCCUGCUGGAACGGGACAGAAGAUUCUUGAUUACUGGGGUCCAAGCAAGAAGUUGCUAGGCGACAUGAAUUUCCUUAAAGACCUAAAGGAAUAUGACAAAGACAACAUCCCUGCUCAAGUGAUGCAUAAAAUCCGUAGUGAGUACAUGACCAACCCUGACUUUGACCCCACCAAAGUGGCCAAGGCCUCAUCUGCAGCUGAGGGGCUUUGCAGAUGGAUCACUGCUAUGGAGGUUUAUGACAGAAUUGCAAAGGUGGUAGCCCCUAAGAAGGCAAACCUUAUUGUGGCUCAGCAAUCCCUGGCCACCACUAUGGCCCUGCUGAACCAGAAGAGGGCAGAGCUAAAAGAGGUUGAAGAUCGCCUGGCUUCCCUGCAGAAGACUUUUGAGGAGAAGACUGAAGAGAAAGCUCAGCUGGAGUACCAGGUGGACCUCUGUGCUCGUAAGCUGGAGAGAGCCGAGAAGCUUAUUGGAGGUUUAGGAGGAGAAAAGACAAGGUGGUCGAAAGCAGCCGAUGAACUUCAGUGUACAUAUGAUAACUUAACAGGUGAUGUACUAAUAUCUGCUGGAGUUAUCGCUUAUCUGGGAGCUUUUACUGCCAGCUUCCGCCAUGACUGCAACAAAGUGUGGGCCAAACUCUGCAAGUCCAAGAAGAUCCCAUCCUCUGAUGACUUCUCUCUGAGUAAAACCCUUGGAGAUCCAAUAAAGAUCAGAGCAUGGAAUAUCGCUGGCCUGCCCACCGACAGCUUCUCCAUUGACAAUGGUGUUAUAGUGAGCAACUCCAGAAGAUGGCCAUUGAUGAUAGAUCCACAGGGCCAGGCCAACAAAUGGGUAAAAAAUUCAGAACGAGAGAAUAACCUGAAUGUGAUCAAACUAACUGAUGCAGACUACAUGAGAACACUUGAGAACUGCAUCCAGUUUGGUACACCACUGUUGCUGGAGAAUGUAGGGGAAGAGCUUGACCCUUCCUUAGAACCACUACUGCUCAAACAAGUUUUCAAACAAGGUGGUGUGGACUGUAUUAGAUUGGGUGAGAGUGUAAUUGAGUACUCGGCUGACUUCCGAUUUUAUAUCACAACAAAACUGAGGAACCCUCAUUACUUGCCUGAGCUGGCCACCAAAGUGUGCCUGCUGAACUUCAUGAUUACUCCAGAGGGUCUUGAAGACCAGCUGCUUGGCAUUGUGGUAGCAAAAGAAAGGCCUGAAUUAGAGGAGGAAAGGAAUGCCCUUAUCCUUCAGUCUGCAACCAAUAAGAAGCAACUUAAGGAGAUUGAGGAUCAAAUCCUUGAGACCCUGCAGUCCUCAGAGGGGAACAUCUUGGAGGACGAGAGUGCCAUUAAGAUCUUGGAUGCUGCCAAGAUCAUGUCUAAUGAGAUUUCUAAGAAACAACAGAUUGCAGAGAAGACUGAGAUUGAAAUUGCACAGUCGAGGGAGGGCUACAGAGAAAUUGCUAAGCACUCCUCCAUCCUCUUCUUCAGUAUCGCAGACCUGGCCAAUAUCGACCCCAUGUAUCAGUAUUCUCUCAACUGGUUUGUCAACCUCUAUGUCAACUCCAUACAAGACAGCAACAAAUCAAAGAUUCUAGAGAAGAGACUCAAAUACCUGACUGGUCAUUUCACAUAUAACCUGUACUGCAAUGUGUGCCGUUCUCUCUUCGAGAAGGACAAACUCCUCUUCUCCUUCCUGCUCUGUUGUAACCUACUGCUGGCUAAGAAGCAGAUAGAGUACUCUGAAUUUAUGUUCCUGCUCACGGGUGGUGUGGGGCUGCAGAACAGUGUCCCCAACCCUGACCCAAACUGGCUCCCGGACAAGAGCUGGGACGAGAUCUGCCGGGCCAGUGAUCUUCCUUCUCUACAGGGCCUCAAAGAGAGCUUCAUUAAGAGUCCUGAAAGUUUCCUGCCGAUUUAUGACAGCAAGGAGCCAUACAACACUCCUUUGCCAAAUCCCUGGUGUGAUAAACUCAAUCACCUUCAAAAAAUGAUAAUUUACAGAUGCCUCAGACCUGAUAAAAUUGAGCCAACAAUCAGUAAAUUUCUCAGUGAGAAACUGGGAAAGAAAUUUGUUGAGCCACCUCCGUUUGACCUCAGUAAGAGCUACAUUGACUCCAACUCCACCAUUCCACUGGUCUUUGUACUCUCUCCUGGAGCAGACCCUAUGGCUAGUCUGCUGAAAUUUGCCAUUGAUAAGAACAUGGGUGGCUCGCAAUUUAAAUCCAUCUCUCUAGGACAAGGCCAGGGUCCCAUAGCAGUGAAGAUGAUCCACUCGGCCAUGAAGGAGGGCACCUGGGUGUGCCUGCAGAACUGCCACCUGGCCGUGUCCUGGAUGUCCACUCUAGAGAAGAUUUGUGAAGACCUUACCCCUGACACAUGCCAUCCAGACUUCCGUCUUUGGCUUACAAGCUACCCCUCACCCAUGUUUCCAGUGACCAUCCUGCAGAAUGGAGUGAAGAUGACAAAUGAGCCUCCCACUGGCUUGCGGUUAAACCUGUUGCAAUCCUAUCUGUCUGACCCCGUCUCUGACUCUGGGUUCUUCACAGCAUGCCCUAACAAAGAGCAAGUCUGGGAGAAGCUCUUGUAUGGGGUUUGCUUCUUCCAUGCUCUAGUCCAGGAAAGGAAAAAGUUUGGGCCAUUGGGAUGGAACAUUCCUUAUGGAUUUAACGAGUCAGAUCUGCGCAUUAGUAUCAGACAACUGCAGCUGUUUGUAAAUGAGUACGAGGAAGUUCCCUUUGAGGCCAUCACUUAUCUGACAGGAGAAUGUAACUAUGGAGGGCGUGUAACUGAUGACUGGGACCGUCGCCUCCUCAUGACAAUCCUUGCUGAUUUUUACAAUACAGAUGUUAUCGAGAACCCACGCCACUCCUUCUCUCCAAGUGGCAAUUAUUACACACCUCCAAAGUCCAGCUAUGAAGACUAUGUGGCGUUUAUUAAGAAACUGCCUUUUACCCAGCAUCCUGAGGUGUUUGGAAUGCAUGAGAAUGUGGACAUCUCCAAAGACCUUCAACAGACAAAACUACUAUUUGAUUCCCUGAUCCUGACUCAGGGUGGUGGCUCAAAGGGAGGGGGUGGCUCUGGCGGGGAUAGUACUCUACUUGACAUUGCUAAUGACAUCUUGUCUAAACUGCCAGAUAACUUUGAUAUAGAGUCUGCCCUAGUCAGAUUCCCUGUGCUUUAUGAGGAGAGCAUGAAUACGGUGCUGGUACAGGAGAUGCAGCGCUACAACAAUUUGUGCAGUACUAUUCGAGUGAGUCAGCAAAACCUGAUAAAAGCCAUUAAGGGGCUAGUAGUGAUGGAUGCAGAGCUAGAGGCUGUAGCCGGCAGUCUGCUUGUGGGGAAAGUGCCAGAAAAGUGGGCCAAAUGCUCCUAUCCUAGUCUCAAGCCAUUGGGCAGCUAUGUCAAUGACUUCUUAGCCAGACUUAAAUUUUUGCAGGAGUGGUAUGACAAACAGAAGCCACAUGUAUUCUGGCUGUCUGGGUUUUUCUUCACUCAGGCUUUCAUAACAGGGGCCUUGCAGAACUACGCCAGGAAAUACUCCACCCCCAUCGACUUACUUGGAUUUAAUUAUGAGGUUCUGCCUUUUGACACAGCAGACUCAUCUCCUGACGAUGGAGUCUAUAUUCACGGACUUUUUCUGGAUGGAGCUCGGUGGGAUAGGAAAAGCGGAGUAUUAGCUGAACAGUAUCCCAAAGUUCUCUUUGAUGUAGUCCCUAUCAUCUGGAUCAAACCCACUGACAGGAGGAUCAUGGAGCAGCCCCACAACUUCUAUGUGUGUCCCGUCUACAAGACCAGUGAGCGUAAAGGUACACUGUCCACCACUGGCCAUUCAACCAACUUUGUCAUCAGUAUGAUGCUCCCUACCAGCAAGCGCCCUCAGCACUGGAUCAAGAGAGGUGUGGCUUUGCUCUGUCAACUGGAUGAUUGACACUGAACCCUUUGACUUCUGAACAAGCACUUCACUUACUAUUCUGUUCUUGCAUAUGGCUUUAUGGUGUUCCAUCGAUGAACUACUUAAAUUAAAAACAAAUCUCUGCAGUUGACUCAUGUUUAAAUACCUUCAGAAAGACAAUCACUGACAUUAAAGGAUUAGU